ACUGCCCUUGCACACGUGUCUGACUAACAACAACAACAACAACAACACCAUGCGUAGUUUUCGUUGUAACUGCCUAACCAGUGUUCAAUCGUCACGUCGCGGUUAAAUGCGUUCAUGACAAGCAAACUCUGAAUUCCUUACUGUUACUAGGGAGGAGUUUAACCUUUCAAGCCAAAUCCAGCAUCAAUCUAAAUUCAUCACUGCAUAUAUUUAGGGGCUGGGGCACAAUUUACACAUGUCUUUGAACUAGUACUAAUAAUGUGGAACAGAAAAUCAUUGGCAGCCCCACCUGUAUGUGAGUUGAAAGUUACGCUUACACAGAGAAACAGAGAUGCACUGAACAAAGCUCUGAGGAAUUUCAAUACAGCUAAGGAUGUACUGUUUGAGCAUGAAGGCUUCUUGGCGUCAGAGCAGUACAUCAUGAGAAAAACAGUGUAUAAACUGGCCAACCAGUUCCGCAGUGAGAAAUCGCUCCGUGGAGUCCGUCAGGUGCUUAGUUGCUUACGAAGAAUGCAAGAUAUGCAGCCAGGUGUUUUGUUGGAAACUAUCAAAGAAUAUGUCAACAUUAACAGUUCCCAUGAGGAGGAGCAAUACUUGGUGUCCCUUCAGACGGUUCAGUAUCAUCUAGUUCGCCUACAAGGGUUGGCUGCAUUGCUUCAGCAGACUGUAAACUACUGCGUCUAUACCUUCUUUCACAUCAGGCAGCAUAUGGAAGCAGGCAAGAUGGCCCCACAGAACAUUGUAAUGCUAUCCGGCAUUGCAAGAAUCUGGUACGUGUGUAGCUCCCUGUGUGACUAUGUCUGCAACUGGUACAGGGCUCUUCACCUGUGUUUAGAUGUGUUCCAGUCUACUCAAGUAGUCUGGCUAGAAAAGAGUCUACCAUCAGACUUGAAGCAAUGGCUUGGUGAGCUGUUUCCUGAGGAAAAAUCUGAGGAGUUCAGUCCACGCAUUAUGACAGAACAUUUGAGAGGCACAGAUAAGAAGCAUGUUACAGUACCAGAAUACGGACCACAGUCAAUUGUAUCUAGCAAUUCACUUGGUGAAGACAUUGGAGAACCCAUAAGAAGGCAAAAGGAUGUGACUGCAGUAGAAACAGCAACCCAACAUGCAAAAACAAAAAAGAAAGGGCAAAAGAAAAUUCUCAAAAUAGAACAGAAGAAAGACAUCAAAAUGCAAGACAAUGAUAAAAGUGCCGCAAUACUUGCAGAUGUUUCAGUACAAACUUUGAAACUUGCAAUUAAGCAAUACAUGAGAACAAAAGAAGAUCUAAGCAGGUUUAAAGCUCAAGUGAAGAAAAGGUAUAUAGAGCUGAAUGGCAGUGUAUUGAGGAUCAGUAAACUAGGGAAAAAGAAAAUUCUAAAAAAGAUUGCCCUAUUGACUGAAAAGGUGCAUAAAGAAUUUGAUGUGUGCAGUGAAAAAGUGGUAAUUAAAAAAAUAAGACUACCAAUUAGUAAGUUGAUAGUAAAAUAUUUAGAGAAUUCUGUCACUGACAAAAAACUGGCAGUUGCCAGUACACUUGCAGUGAAGAAAGACAUUCCAGUUGAUUGUAAUAGUGAAGUGUUAAACAAUAAUGUUGAGGAAAGAAAUAAAGUGUCAAAUGCAAAAAAAAACAAACUGGGUAAGAUUAGUAAGACGAAGCAAACCAAAGUGGGGAAGUUAAAAUCUGAUAAAGUGAUGAACAUUAGAAGUAAAAAGAAAUCAAAGAAAAACAAAAACAAAGUGAAGCGUUUGAAAUAACAUAGUAAAAUGUUAUGAAUACAAUGAAUGUACUUGUUUGUCUUGGUAAACAUGUAGGUCAAUGGUUCAUGUAUUUGCUAGUUUGCUUGUUCACAUUGCUGACUAUACAUGUAUAUGCAUUCUGAGAUGUGUCUCUGACAGGCUACACAACUGUUGAAGCAAACAAUACAUUUGUUAUGAUUUAGUUCAUUGUAUGUAUUUGCCUUACAAAAUGGCAAUACAGCUGAGGUGUCGUUGUUUGUUUAAUAUUUAUUGGCUCACCUGAGCAGGUGCUCAUGGGGGGGCUUUUGUGAUCCCUGCUGUGGUGCGUUGUCAACAAUUGUUGUAAACACGCUAGAUGGUGCAUUUAGUGCGAAAUCUUAAUAUAACAUAGUGAGACAAUUAUCCUAAUUAUAUCUCGGCCCAAUUAGAAACUGGGUAACAUGGGAUAAAAAAACAACAGACUUUGGAAUUCACAUUUUCAACAAACUUGCUAAGAACAUAAAAAAAUGUGUUUUGAUGAUAUCUUGGAUUAUUUUGCAAAUGACUGGUUUGUUAAAAAAACUUUUCCUCAUAGUCAAGUAGAUACUUGUAGUUGCUUUGCCAUGAUUCUGCAAAAUAAAAGAGGCUAGUUGGGGUAUACUUACCUCAGCAUGGACGAUAUUUCCCGCAAUUGGCAAUUCUGAGUGGCAAUUUUCGACCAUCCAAGUAAACAGACAACGGUGAUUUUUUUGGAAUUCAUGAUUAACAGUCAUUAUAUUUAGGAUACAAACUAUCAUUUCUCACUAUUUCAACACUUUAUAGCAUUAAACAAAUGUUUUAUUACUUACAAUGAUUUGGUACCUACCUUACAGAUGUUGAUAAGACGCUCACAAUAAGAUACGGUAUGAUUUUCAUCGAACAAAAAGCGCUGAAUGAAACUGGUAGAGGUCGUUCUUAGAAAAAAUGUAAGAUGUAUGAUGUCAUCAUAAAUGACGUCAUUUUUAUCAAAUACGUAAUAGAAAUAACAAUAAUUUAAAUGUGUCCGAUAAAUACCACCUGACGAUAUUACCCGACCUUACUCUAUUAAACCAUGUUAACAAUACCUUCUUAGAACAAUUUAGUUCCUUUUUGUCUCAGGCGAGUGCAUCAGGGCUUUUGGUGCUCUCGUUCUGGCUGGUACUUGCAUUAAUUUGUGUCACCAGUAAGUUAUUAUCCUUGGCAAUUUUAAUUGUGUGAAAGCAAUAUUUUGUUUCAUAACCAUUAUAUAUGGUUUUGGAUAAAAAUCUUUGCACAAUAGGACUUAUUUUACAUGGUUUUAAUAAGAAAAAUUUGUUCACUUUACACAUAGUUUUUCUUUCCCAUACAUUUAAGUUAAAUAAUGAUAAUGCUUUGCUUACCAAAAAAAUUUAUGUGAAAAAAACAUUGUUUAUUGUUUUUCAAUGAACUUGCUGUAUAAUAAAUAAUUUAGCACAAGCAUACACUAUUUAAAUAUUAACAAUUUAUAGUUUUUUUACAGGUUUUUUAAUUCUCCAAUUGGUAGUAAAACAUUUUAAAAAAUAUUAUGAUUUGAAUAAUGUAAUUAACCAGUAUUAUGGGAAAAAAUAGCUUUGUCAAAAAUUAUGCCAACAUGUUAGGAAGUCCAUUUGUUAUGUAGUUGACUUAGUAAAAGUAUGAUACACAAAGAGCUAAGUGUGAAAAUGAUGAAUAAAAUAACAUUGGGAGAUACUUGUAAUUGAGGUAGUUGAGGUCGCCAUGGCAUAGUGGAUAUUGUGUCCACCUAGUGAUCUGGACGUAAGGUGUUCGAAACCCACUGAUAGCAUUCCUUCGAUCUCCCCUAAAAAAGUAGUGCUUAAAGUCCCAGGAAACAGAGUUGAGAGCAUUUUAAUAAGCCUAAGGCUUUCUAUGAAAUCUAGCUAAAAUAAAUAGGUUUAAACUAAAGUAAGGUAUUGCACAUGUUUAUGAAGUUUUUUUUAACCUUUUGCAUACUUAGUGGUUUCAUACCUAUUUUGUUAGUUUUAUCAGCUAAAUAAGCAACUGCUGUGUACUCUGUUUUAACAAAAAUAAAAUGUGAACCUUUCU